UUGAGAAACAGCCAUGGCGCCUGCCUUUCUCUUCUCUCAUUUGACCUCUCAGAAUAUUCCUUCCCAUUCAUUUCGUCUCUCUCUCUCUCUCUCUCUUUCUCUGUAACUGCAAUCACCAAGAUGGCCAUGGCCAUGGCCAACACUCUAUCAUCACCUACAACCCCUUAUUCCUCCAGGAAAACCAUUCCCCUUUAUUCAUCUCCAUUCCUUUCCCUCACCCUCAAACCCCCAAAUUCCUUUCUCUCUCUAUCUUCCCACCGGAUCCGGUUCAAACCCAAUCGGAAAACCACCCUCAUCAUCGCCAAAUCCAACGACAGCGACUCCAUUGACGGCCCUGACCGCUUAAUCUCCGCUGUCUGUUACUUCUACCCCUUCUUCGACGGAAUCCAAUACGGCAAAUACGUAAUCACUCAAUUCUCCUUUCUACAAACCCUAAUUCAACCUCUUGUACCUGCAAUUAGGGUUUUCAAAAGCUUCCCUUUCAAUGGAUUCUUAGUGUUUUUGACACUCUACUUUAUUGUUGUUAGGAACCCUAAUUUCAGUAGGUAUGUGAGGUUUAACACUAUGCAGGCGAUAGUGCUUGAUGUGCUGUUGAUUUUUCCUGAUCUUUUGGAGAGGACUUUUAAUCCAAAAGAUGGGGUUGGAUUAGAUCUGCUGAUGAGUUUGGAUAGCACUGUGUUCUUGUUUCUGUUGGUUUCUUUGAUUUAUGGUUCAUCUUCUUGCUUUUUGGGGCAGGUUCCUAGAUUACCCAUUGUUGCUGAUGCUGCUGACAGGCAAGUUAUGUAAUCAAACACUGUUUUGAUUUCCAAUUUGUAUUGAAGAUUCUUAGCCCUGCUUUUAUGGAUUGUUUCUUGUUCAUAAUCUGCUCAUUCUUAUG